UUGCCCGCAUUCAAUGUUUUGAACACUAGUCCAACAAUCUAGCAGUUCCCUCUCUGUAGAUCCAACUAUGCCCGUGUCCCAUUAAAAUAAGCAUUUCUUUUCUGGAAAUAAUUCACAUCUCUCAAUUACAUGUAAUUCUUGUCCACGGAUAAAAUAGUAAAACGCUGUCGGCUUCUACCAGGCAACCCAAGCACAAUCCACCCCAUAUUUCUCUCUCUUGUUCGAAUAUACCCCUUUCUAUUUUUGUUGGAAAUCGAGGAACUGUGUGAUAGUCGGGGAGCUGAUAAUCAGAGCUGGGAUUCGGUAUUGAGUAAGGUUUGGUGGAGCACAAGUUCGUGGAUGCAGUGGGGGAGUUGGUGAAGGAACGGGAUAUUAUUUUUUCUAGGGUUUCCAUGAUGGGUAUCCGAAUCGCGGUGGAGAACGCAGUUGCUGAUUUGGUAUUGGGAUGAAAUCAAGGGUUUUGGGAGUGUUGAGAUAAUUUUAACUUGUUAUUACAAAGCAAAGAAAGUUAUCCAGAGCUUACGGAGUAAAGAGAAUCCCUGCGCUAACCUUGAGAUUCACACCAUACAUGUGAUUUGUUUUGCAAGCAAAUUUAGCAUCAGUCACUGAACAAGAGAAAUCACCAGGGGCGUCGAAGAUUUGUGUCGUUGUCUUGAAUUAGUCUGUCAUGGAAAACAUUACUGCAAAUGGCUUUGUUGGUGGUCCUUCCCCAGGAGCCUCAAAUGAAGCCCUGUAUAAAGAACUUUGGCAUGCUUGUGCUGGGCCCCUUGUCACUGUUCCAAAUAAAGGCGAACGAGUUUAUUACUUUCCUCAAGGUCACAUGGAACAGCUUGAAGCAUCUACACAUCAGGGUUUAGAUCAUCAACUGCCUUCAUUCAACUUACCCAGUAAAAUUCUUUGCAAAGUGAUGAAUGUUGAACUUCGGGCUGAACCAGACACAGAUGAGGUGUAUGCGCACAUAACCUUGAUUCCAGAACAAGAUCAAGGUGAGAUAACAACUCGAGAUCCUCCUCCACCAGAGCCUGAAAGGUGCAGUGUCCAUUCAUUUUGCAAGACACUUACUGCAUCUGACACCAGCACCCAUGGUGGUUUCUCCGUUCUAAGAAGGCAUGCAGAUGAUUGUUUACCCCCUUUGGAUAUGUCUCAGCAACCUCCUAUGCAGGAAUUGGUAGCUUCUGAUCUUCAUGGAAAUCAGUGGCAUUUCCGUCACAUUUUUCGAGGUCAACCAAGGCGCCACUUACUAACCACUGGGUGGAGUGUAUUUGUAAGUGCAAAAAAGCUAGUUGCAGGAGAUGCUUUUAUCUUUUUACGAGGUGAAAAUGGGAACCUUCGAGUUGGGGUGAGAAGACUCCUGAGACAACUAAGUAACGUGCCAUCUUCAGUUAUUUCAAGUCACAGCAUGCAUCUGGGGGUUCUUGCUACUGCAUCACAUGCAAUCUCCACGAGGACCCUAUUUUCUGUUUAUUAUAAACCUAGGACUAGUCGAUCAGAGUUCAUAGUAAGCCUAAACAAGUAUCUUGAAGCUAAAAAUCAUAAGCUCUCUGUUGGGAUGAGAUUCAAGAUGAGAUUUGAAAGUGAAGAGGUUCCUGAAAGAAGGUUAAGUGGGACCAUCAUUGGUGUUGGGAAUGAUGAUGCUGCAUCACAGUGGCCAGAUUCGGAAUGGAGAUCCUUGAAGGUCCAAUGGGAUGAACCUUCUACAAUACUGUGCCCUGAUAGGGUGUCUCCCUGGGAAAUAGAACCACUUGCAGCAUCAAAUCCUCCUAACCCACAUACUCAACAAAGAAACAAGCGCGCACGCCCCCCUGUUUUGCCGCCACCGAUGCAGAAUAUUACUCCCCAUGCCAUGUGGAAGCCGUCUGCUGACUCCUCAUCAGUUCUCCCCUAUUGUGAUCCACCAUGUGGUCGGGACAUAUAUCAAUCGCCAAAACUUAGUUCAGGGGCCAGAGUCAGCCCUACAAGUUGCAAUGAGAACCUGCCUAAUCAAACUGAAGCUGCUGCUGAUUCAGUUACCCCUGUCAGUGAAAAGAAACAGCUGAAUCGUUGCAGGCUCUUUGGAAUUGAAUUGCUUGAUCAUUCAACAGUUGAAGAUACAUCACUUGCAGUCCAAUUCAAAGCAGGUAUUGGGGAAUCUCUCGUUCGUGUUGAUGCCGAAUCAGAACUACAGUCUGAACCAGAAACCCACAACGCAUCUGAUGCUCCUUCAUCCGGUUGCUUCCCGGAUAAGUCUUGUCUGAGAUCCUCCCAUGUGACACACAACAGGCAAAUCCGAAGCUGCAUCAAGGUUCACAUGCAAGGCACAGCUGUUGGGAGGGCAGUGGAUCUUACUAGGUUUGAUUGCUAUGAGGAUCUGCUCAAAAUGUUUGAAGAAAUGUUUGAGAUUGCAGGGGAACUCUCUGGAUCGACAAAGAAAUGGCAGGUUGUAUACACAGAUGAUGAGGAUGACAUGAUGAUGGUUGGAGACGAUCCAUGGCACGAAUUUUGCUCCAUGGCAAAGAAGAUAUAUAUCUAUACAACCGAGGAAGCUAAGAAGCUUUUGCCCAAGGUGAAGCUCCCACCAGCAGAGGCCAAAUCAAGCAAGCUCCUUGCGGAUGCAGCCGUUGGCUCUGAAGAACACUCUUCGACUGUGGGAUCGGGCAGCUGAUACUAUUUCUAAGCUGCAAAAUGGUUAAAAGUGAUCCAGCAGACAGUCGAUGAACUUGGUGUUUGUGUUAUUCAAGGACCUCCAGCUGCCAUGGUUCCAGUACGAGUUUGUUAUGUAGCCGGUGAGUGAAUCAAGGAACUCACUUGAUUAUAUAUGUAUGUCGGUAUGGCGCAAUGCAAUAAUUGUGUUGUGAAUUUAUGUUUGUGUUUAUAAUUUUAGUUACGAGGAGAAUCCUAUGAAUAUGAUGAUGAUACUUGUUUGAAUCCCAGGGGGGAGUUGAAACGAAAUUUUGUUGGUUGUGUGUUGUGUUUGAUGUUUGUUUAUACAGAGUUUGAUAUGUAUGGAUGGAAGGGUUUCUAUCUAUA